AUUGACCCAAAAAUAAAGAAAACACAUUGGGGAAAAACAGAAAACAGGGAAAAUCAAAACCGGAAAAGGUAGAACAGAAAAAACAAUUAGAGAGAAGAAAAGUCUGGAAAACUAGAAGAACUUCGAACGAGAACGACGCGUACAGAUUUUUCCUUCCUACUUCUCUAUUUUCUCGCGAUUUAGUUUAUUCUCUUCGUGAUCGGUGACGCACUGAUCAGAUUCGAUUAUCUCAGCUACGGAGAGCUUGAUUGGAAUGUGCUGAGGAAUAAUCAUCUGGGCUCGACCAAGCCAAACGAAACAAGUUCGCCAGUAUGGGAAUUUUCAAUGGUUUGCCUGUCCCCUCGGAUAAAACUUACCUUAGGGAUGAGCUGGCACGAAUAGAUGAGAGCUGGGCUGCUGCACGCUUUGACUCUUUGCCACAUGUCGUCCAUAUCCUUACGUCAAAAGACCGUGAAGCUGACAUUCAUAUAUUAAAGGAACAAAGUGAUGUUGUCGAGGAGGUUGUUGAUGAAGUUGUGCACGCUUAUCAUGGUGGUUUCAACAAGGCCAUUCAAAACUACUCCCAGAUCUUGCGGUUAUUCAGUGAGUCCACUGAAAAAAUUGGCGACUUGAAGCACGAUUUGUCAGAAGCGAAAAAGAGCUUGGGUGCACGCAAUAAACAAUUACACCAAUUGUGGUACCGUUCUGUAACAUUGCGGCACAUCAUCUCACUUUUGGAUCAAAUUGAGGGCAUUGCUAAGGUUCCAUCUCGUAUUGAGAAGCUUAUUGCUGAUAAGCAGUUUUACGCUGCUAUUCAAGUGUAUCUCCAGUCGUCUCUGAUGCUUGAGCGUGAGGGGCUUCAAACGGUUGGUGCUCUUCAAGAUGUAAGAUCUGAGCUAACUAAGCUGCGGGGAGCCCUUUUCUUCAAAAUUUUAGACGAUUUGCAUGUACACUUGUACAAUAGAGGUGAAUACAGUUCAGUUGCGUCAAGCAUAUAUGAAAAAGACGAUGACGUACCAACAACAACAGCUGUUGCAGCUAGUCGAAUGAGUUCACAACCACUGUCUCGUAGAACACGGACACUGAAAGGUGAUAGUCAGUUUGGUGUUAGAGGGCUCACAAAUGGUUCACAUAAAACGGCUUCUAUUGAUGAAGGUUCAUCAUUUGAUGGACAUGAUGAGGAGGACUCUGUAGAGCAUGAUGAAGCCACCGCAGAUGGGCAUACUGUCAGGAAUAGCACUGAUAAGAAAUUGCUUUCUUACCAACUUCCGCCUUGGCUUUCUGAUUCCACUCCUGACGAGUUUAUUGAAGCUGUAAGAAAGAGUGAUGAUCCACUGCAUGUGAAGUAUCUACAGACCCUUAUUCAGUGUCUCUGCAUGCUUGGCAAAGUUGCAGCUGCUGGUGCUAUCAUAUGCCAAAAACUUCGACCCACAAUUCAUGAGAUCAUAAUAUCCAAGAUUAAAGCCCAUAUGGAGACUACAAAUUUGUCAAAGUCAGCCUGUAGUCAGGGUGAUCGAACGGUAGCUGCGGGAUUGCAUUUUAUAAAAGGACAGUCAGAGGCCUACAGAGUAGCAAAAGAGAAACCUCAGAAUGGGAUACCAAAUUCAGGAAUUCACCUGGCUGUGAGCCCUGUUUCGCCUCUUAUGGCUCCUGGAGGCAUAGCGCAAGCUGCGGCAAAAGAACUUCUUGACUCAAUUUUAGAUACUAUUGUCAAGAUAUUUGAAAAUCAUGUUGUUAUCGGAGAGCUUUUGGAGUUGAAGGCUUCGCAACAUGACAUUAACACACCAAAGUCAUUGCCUACUGAUGUGAAUUGGAACACCGAUUCUGAAGCAUCCCAAGCUACUGGAGGCUACACUAUCAGUUUUCCCUUGACAGUCUUACAGAGUGAAUGCCAACAACUCAUUUGUGAGAUUCUGCGAGCAACUCCAGAAGCUGCUUCAGCAGAUGCUGCUGCACAAACUGCUAAACUUGCAAAGAAGGCUCCGAAGAAAGACAAAAGGGAUGCACCUGAAGAUGGGCUAACAUUCACUUUUCGGUUUACAGAUGCAACUGUAUCGAUCUCUAAUCAGGGAGCUGAUCUCAUUCGUCAAGGCUGGGGAAAGAGGGCUCCAAAUGCCUCACAGGAAGGUUAUGGAUCUGCAGCUGUUUUGCCUGAACAAGGAAUAUAUCUAGCUGCAUCUAUUUACCGGCCUGUCCUUCAGUUUACAGAUAAAAUCACUUCAAUGUUGCCCAAGAAACAUUCCCAGCUUGUGAAUGAUGGAUUGCUUACAUUCACUGAGAACUUUGUGAAGGACCACCUCUUACCGACAAUGUUUGUGGACUAUAGGAAAGGCGUACAGCAAGCUAUAUCAAGUGCCGCCGCAUUUAGGCCCCGCGCACAUACAACAACUACUUACACCCCAACCGUAGAAAAGGGCCGACCUAUCUUGCAAGGUCUUUUGGCAAUAGAUCUCCUUGCAAAAGAGGUUCUUGGUUGGGCUCAAGCCAUGCCUAAAUUUGCUUCUGACCUUGUGAAGUAUGUUCAGACAUUUCUUGAGAGAACAUUUGAGAGAUGUCGAACAUCAUACAUGGAGGCUGUUCUAGAGAAGCUCAGUUACAGGCUCAUCGGGAGGCAUGAUAUUGAGAAAUUGAUGCGACUUGAUGCGGCGAGUGCUUGUUUGCCAUCUCCGCUUGGUCAUGUUGUUUCUCACUCCGAGGAUGUUGGCACCGAAGUAGAACUCAGUGAACUAUUCUUGAAAUUGCGGCCUAUCAAGCAGGAUAAUCUAAUUCGUGAUGACAACAAACUGAUUUUGUUAGCCUCUCUUAGUGACUCCCUUGAAUACGUGGCAGACUCUAUAGAAAGGCUUGGCCAAGCAGUUCCUCGGGCGGCAAGUCAAGCUGAAAGUAAUAGCAAGAAUCAGGCAACUUCUCCUAGGAAUCUGGCAUCAUUUGCUGAAGAGUACAGAAAACUUGCGACUGAUUGCCUAAAGGUUCUUCGUGUUGAGAUGCAAUUGGAAACAGUCUUUCAUCUUCAGGAAAUGACGAAUCGGGAAUACUUGGAGGAUGAGAUGCUGAGAGCAGACGACUUUGUGAUUUCUCUACUCACAGUUUUUUACACUUGCUGUUUUUAACAGAUAACACGUAGGGACGAGGGAAUGGCUCCUUUCAUCUCUGGUGAGAAGCGUAAUUACGUUUUUGAUGGUAUUUGUGGAAUUGCAGCAAAUGCGUCCAUUAAGGCUUUGGCUGACAUGAGAUCAAUCAACCUUUUUGGAGUUCAACAAAUUUGUCGGAACACUAUUGCAUUGGAACAGGCCAUGGCAGCUAUUCCAUAUAUCGAUGGUGAAACCGUACAACAGAACCUGGAUCGUGUCCGUACUUAUUUUGAACUACUAAACAUGCCAUUCGAGGCGUUGCUUGCAUUCAUAGCGGAACAUGACCAAAUGUUUACACCCACAGAGUAUUCCAAUCUUCUAAAGGUCAAUGUUCCUGGAAGAGAUACUCCUCCAGAUGCUCAAUCUCGCCUUUCGGAAAUUCUUUCUCAAUAACAUCAACUUCCCGAGCCAUUCGCGGAUUACCGUGAAUAAAGAAAAAGCUUCUCCAGCAGCCAAGUCUGUUUCAUUGUUUUCAUAAGCUGCAGAAAAAAAAUCAUAAUGGUGAAAUCCCAAAGGAGAAGCAAGAGACGUAAAAAUGUAUAUCAUCUUCGAUUCUUCGUGCUUCUGUUGCGGUAAUAGUCCGGUUUCAGUAUCUUUUUCGUUUGCUUUUUUUUUUUAAUAACUUUUGUCUAGUUUCAUGAGUAUUGUUUUGUGGUGUCGGAUACGGAACCAAGACCUUUCUUUGAGAGCUUUGUUUUCUUGAAAUUCUUUGGUAGAGAUUUUGUUGUAUAAAACUUGCCAAGGUGAGUUCAUUUUCCUUCCAAGUGAAAACAAAAACAGAGAAAAAACCACUAUAUGUAUCUACUAUUGGAUUGAUCUAAGCGUUUUAAUUACACACU